UAGAAUAGCUGCCACACCAAGUAAAACUCUCCCCACAAAAUGCGCCACCGCCGCCUCCGCGAAAACCCCAUUCCCUUCCGCCACCGCCACCGCCGGACCGCUUAAACUGGCCCCGCAUUCGCCCGCGCCCGUGAGUAAUUGUAUCGUCGCGAAAGCAAAUCACUGCAAUGUCAUGGGCAACGACACGGCCCAGACCGGGCACGAAGAACAAACUCCAGUGUUGAAGAUCGCGAUCAUCGGAUUCGGCAACUUUGGGCAGUUCAUCGCCAACGGGAUCGAGAGGCAGGGCCACAUUGUGUUGGCGACGUCUCGGUCGGACUAUUCCGAGUAUUGCGAACGCCACGGGAUCCAGUUUUUCCAGAGCAUGGAUGCAAUGUGCGAGGAGCAACCGGAUAUCGUCUUCGUUUGCAGCUCCAUUUUGUCGACGGAGAGCGUCCUCCGCGCCGUCCCGCUCCACAAGCUGAAGCCUGACACAAUCUUCGCCGACGUGUUGUCGGUGAAGCAGUUUCCCAGGAACCUGUUUCUUGAGGUUCUACCAGCUGGGUUUGGGGUGGUUUGCACUCACCCAAUGUUUGGGCCGGAGAGUGGGAAGCAUGGGUGGAAAGGUUUGCCCUUUGUUUACGACAAAGUUCGAGUCUCCCAAAAUGGACCCCAAGCUGAGAAAUGUGCACAAUUCUUAAACAUUUUUGAACAAGAGGGCUGUAGGAUGGUGGAGAUGAGCUGUGAGGAACAUGACCGGCACGCCGCGGGCAGUCAAUUUAUCACUCACACGAUUGGAAGGAUUCUCUCGCAUUUGAACUUGGAGUCGACUCCAAUUAACACCAAAGGAUAUGAGACGCUCCUUCAAUUGACUGAGAAUACAGUAAGUGAUAGUUUUGAUCUCUACUAUGGCCUCUUCAUGUACAAUGUGAAUGCCACCGAACAGAUUGAAAAUCUCGACCGAGCAUUCGAGACGGUGAAGCAGAAGCUGUUCGGGAGGCUUCAUGACAUACUGAGGAAGCAGAUAGUAGAGAGAGUCCCCAUGCAAGGGAUACCCAUAAAAGCAAGAGAGCCCGCCGCGAGUGCUUACUUCUUACCUCCUGGUGAGAAAAUUACAGAGCUCUCGUCGUUCGCGAUGGCGCCGCAGGGUGAGACAAGGCAAAGUGAGGUGAAUUUGGAGCCAACCGUGACUCGCAGAUAGGCGGGA